UGGAGGGGUAGCACAAGUUCGGUACUGUGACGGGACUGUAGCCGACACUGUGUCUGCAGGGCCCCGGGACCCACCUCCGCCGCCGCAUCUCCGAGCCUCCGACUGCAUCCCGUCAGCUUCAAGCCGAACUUUUGUCUUUCUCGAAUCAGACGUCAUAGCAUGGUCCCCACCAAAAUGGGGAUCCCAUGGCCAAUUCGGCUUCGGCAUCUUCGAGGUCGGUAUCGGCUCUAUCGUAUCUCUGCAGACCGUUUCCUCAACACCUGAAAUCACACAGAGCUCUGGGUGUGCGUGGGAACAUCCGCCAUCGUGCAGGGCAAACACCUCUGACGUGUCGAGGCACAGAACACGAUACGACCACGAUAUUGAUGUUUUUUGAAUUGCUCCUAUUUCCCUAAUCUCCUUGAGACAACACGUUGCGACGUAAGGUGGUUCUCUGGUCGUCACGGUCAGGGGAAGAACCUCGGUGAGCCCGACAUAUGCAAGCUGAGGUGGGAAUCGAGGGGCACAGGGGAACACCGACUUCGUGUUCUUCUCCUGGGCUACCUCAACUUGUGGCGAUAGUCCGUCGCUCUGGGUCUUGACGUGGUCGGCAUGCUCUGCCUCGUCGAGUCCUGUUGCACCCGUGUGGACGGGUUACUUUUGUGCCUCGCGAGAUCGGAUUGCGGCAAGUGAUGAAGUACGAUGACGCGGAACAGAUGCAGCUGUCAAAUUGGCAUGAGCCUAGCAUCGUCUUGUCGUCUUUGGAGUCAACGAUGUCUGCGGUUGUGGUAGAAUCUGACUAGUGUCUAGCACAGCACAAUACAUCUUCGCGGAUUGAAUCUCUGAGGUUAGAAGCAACCGAACAGAUCGAAUUCAAUAUUGGUCAGAUCACAACAUGGACUUGCUUGACUCUACGUCGAUUCCCAUUGCGGUAUCACCUUCGUCACGGGUGCAACGGACAACGUGUAAACUACAUCAGCCGAGUCCACGAGAAGAAACGUCAGACAAUGCUCAACGUCCUACGAGUUCUCUCGCCCAAAAAUCGCAUCAUGACGAAGAAGUUGGACGUCGACAAUGUGUAUAAAGUGAGCAGUCAAUCACGCAAUCCCGUCCUCCUCAUCACCAAAAACGCCAGAGUAGCGGCAAUCAUCUCUUCGCAUAACCAAAAUAUCACCUCUCCCAGUCCUCCCACCACGCAGACAUGAAGUUGAACAUCCUAUCACUGGCCGCCCUCCUGGCCUGGGCCUCUGCCGCGCCACAAGACCCUCAAGUGCCACCAGUCUCAACCUCCAUCACGACAAUCACCGUCAACGGCCAACCGCCCGCGCCCACCGAGCCCAUCCCGAACAACCCCGGCCCGGACCCCGUCCCCGCGCCCGCUCCCUCAGGCCCAGCGCAGCCGGCACCCGCUCCCGGCGUCGCCCACUGCGUCUGCGGCGCAACCUACUGCGGCAAAGUCCUCGUCGGCUUCCAAGGCUACACAACCGAACAAGUAGGCCAAGGCUACUGCGCAACCCCAGGCACAAACUGCGCCGCCGCCGCCCCGGCCGUCGAGUCCCUCGAGAACACCCUCUUCGUCUGCAUCUGCCCGCCCGGGCAAAAGACGGGCUCCGCCAUCGAGCUCAUCUGCCCCUGCCAGGGCCGCUGCAAGAACGACGAGCCCGACUUUAUCGGCCGCUGCGAGACGCCCUGCAACCUCGGCUGUGCUCCCGCUGCUUCUGGUGCGCCGAGUGCCAGUGCCUCUGCUAUUCCCGCCGCGCCUGCUCCCGUUGACGCGUUGCCUGUUCCUGUCCCGGUUCCGGCUGCGCCGCCUGCUGCUGGGAGGAGACGGGCGUAGUGUCCUCUGUUCGUGCUUUUGGGGUUCCGUUGGGUCUGGGUGGGCCUCUAUUCUCUCCUCUUUCUUUAGUUAUAUUUCCUCUGCGUCUUUGUUGCGGGUCAACGAUGACCGGGACAGGGUAUUUCAUAAUUCAGCACCCCAUGAAGGGUCUGAGUACUACGCUCUCUUCAAGCCGACGGGGAAAGAGAAGUGGGGUUCGUCGCGGCAAAUAGGCAUUCUCAUCUCUGGAGAGAGAUCACACACUCUCUGGAUCUAGAUACCGGAC